AUGUAAAACACAUCUCAUGGCGUGCUUGAAAUUACCGGUGUUCAAAUACGCGUAGAACAAAGUAUUAAUUUAAUAAAUUUAAUAACUUUUUUAUUACUUAGAGCUAUUACGACAAACCAUCCAUUUCAGUUCUCCCUAUGAUAAAAGUGAUUUACAAGACGUCCAAAGCGAACAUGUGAGACAUGUAACAAGAACCUUUGCUGCUGAAUGUCGUCCAACAAAACCUGGAAUGUUAUUUCGAUUAUAACAUAACAAGGUUAAAAUUCUCUUAAUUGUCAGCCAGCUGACUUUUAAGGAUGCCAGCAGGUGUAUCCUGGCCAAGGUAUCUAAGGAUGUUUGCAGCCAGUGUGUUGUCAAUGUUUGCUGGAGCACAGGUUGUGCAUCAGUAUUACCGUCCUGAUUUAACCAUUCCAGAGGUCCCACCAAAGCCUGGAGAACUGCAAACAGAACUUACUGGCUUGAAAGAAAGACAGACAGACUCAGCAUCUCAGAAACAAUGACCUGAUGAUUUGUUAUUCGUAACUAAUGUGUACAGAUACACAUAUAGAUAUGAAAAAUGUUUUUUUUUUUAUUAUUCUGUGAAUAAAGCUAUUUAUACAAA